AUGAGAGUCGGUGGUGUUGACUACUGGGCCAAAUAUACCACUUUUAAGGUAGGCAGCUGGGAAGAGGAAUACAGGUUGACCGUUUCGGGGUUUUCCGGCAAUGUCCCGGACAAGUUUUCAGCUAACAACGGCGCCAACUUUUCGACACCUGCCAUGGAUAACGACUCCUCAGGUACGAUCAACUGCGCGAGAAAAUAUAACUCGGGCUUUUGGUUUACCUCCUGCGGGGAUGUGAACCUAAACGGUCUGAUUGGAGUCACAAUAACUCAAGUCAACAGAGAUAUAGUUGGUUUCUGGGCUGGCGUGACCACAGGUACGCAGACAUUUAGUCUUAUUGAGAUGAAGAUUAAAAGGUGGUGA